UUAUUAUGUAUUAAAAAUCCAAAUGGAUAACACAGAUAGAGGGCAUUUAAGAAAAUGUCUAAACAGUGAUGUUUUAAUUGAUAUUUUCUCUUUUCUGGAACGUUCAGUUUUGGUUAAAAAUUUUGAACCCGUCAACAGUUAUUUUUUGAAUAUUUCAAAACAAGUUAAAAAUGUUCAUAUAAUAAAAAAAGUUAACGAAUUUAUCUAUGAAUUGGUAAAUAGAGAUGAAGAAACAGAAAAAACGACAUUUAGUACAAGAAAAAAGACAAUAUUUACAUUUAAUUCAAGUAACGGCUCUUUGGCUAAGCAUUUUCGUUUAACUUCUUGGCAUAUUCGUGCUAACUACGGUGAACGUUAUCGCCGCUAUGUAAUGAGUAUGAUGCGUCACUCACUUGAACUUUUUCAAAAUUGUGAUAUCUAUAUCUGUCCACGGAAUAAUAACAUCAUCAACCAAAGGCAUCAAUUUAAAAUCACAAUUUUGGUGUCAUUCGAAAAAGUGUCUAUCUCUUUUGAUAACUUCUAA